GAGUUUUUCGAUGAUCUCUGUACUUCUCCUUCGACUCUCUUCGACACACAAUUCAUAAAAUCUUUCUGCUUGAAUUUUAAGGUGUGUGUUUGGGUCUUUCUCUCUCUCAGGCCACACAUUCUAAAUUUUAUUUUACACCCAGUCAACACCACAAGUUAGAACGUGUUGCAUUUCCACGGAUAGUUUUUAUUCUCUCUCUUAUAUUUAUGUGUUUAAAAAAAACCUAACACACAAUAGCCGGAAAAAAUCAUUUAGAGACUACACUCUCGUGCAUUUUAUAGGUAACAGGUGAUUAUAUUAUAUUCCUAUUGAGAAGUUGUGUUGUGGACGAGGUUAAUUGUUUUUGAAUAUACAAAAACAUACAGACAAUUGUAAUUAAUAGAUAGGUACACCACACACUCUGCCCAGGCGUUUUGCCUGUGUGAUGUACCGCAAAUUAGAAAGUGCAAUUGCUAACCAUUUUGUGUGGAUGUGACAACAUUUUUAGAGUUAUUUGUGUCGUUGGACCGGGGAGUGCCUAAAAGUGGAUACAAAAGUACUCACAUGGAAUUAUCGUAGGGAUAACUCGCCACAACUGCACCACCGUGAAGAUUUGCCGAUAGAACAAAAGGUUGGUGCGAGCUGUGGUGGCAGCACAAUGAUCACGGACGACGAGAAACCUCUAUCAGUUGCUGAUAUCAAGCGAAGUCUUUUUCAGCGAGGGCUUACGGAUCAUCAGCUCCUCAAACCAGCAGUGCCAGAGAAAAAGCCCUCAGUGGUGGAGAAGCGUCGUAGUCGAAGUUUUGGGGAUAUUAUUGAUUUUGAGAGGGAACAACCGAAAGGUAUUCAGCGCAAUGCAAGUUUUCGCAUCCAGAAGCCAGUGAGUCUGCAGCAGCAGAAGAAGGAUCUCCUGGUGGAAAUAAAGGCGCGUCUAGAGAAACGUGUGAAUCACCACGAAAAGAGUACGACGCAGGCAGACCAGGCAGAGGAGGGGAUAAGUGAGAAAUGUGAAGGCGCGAAUGGGAAAGAGGCUACAGGUGUGACAUCACCUGAGAUAAGAAAACGCUAUUCGCCAGUUUACACAAGAACACGAAGUAUCUGCCGAUCGUCGGACACUUCAUCCCUGUAUUCGAAUAGUUGGCGCAAUAGUGCCAAAGAAGAGAUGCAGGAAGUUCCGGAAAAAUCCACAGAGCAGGUGGUUGUGGAGGAACCCAAAGAGGAAUCCAAUCACGUUGUCAAGAGAGAUUCCACCAAUCCAGCUAGGAAGUCUGUCAAGAGCCUCUACUCACCCAGUGAUUUCCCCCAUUUGGCGGGCUUUCAAUUUGAUGUGCUCAAGAGAAAUUCUUCAGUUCCCAAACUCACAUCACCCCAUAGAAAUACCUACUCUGCCCAUCCUAGUUUGUAUUUCAUUGAAAUUGACGCUGGGAGUGAUACGUCGGAUGUGGGGAAAUCAUCGUCAAAUGUUAAAAUUAAGCGUCACACCAGCUUAAGACAGACAAUCAAGAAGAAACUCCAGAAAACAUUUAGUCAGCAUUCAGUGCCAUCAACCCUACAAAAUGUUCCCAAAGCUCCAGGGACAAAUAUCCCACGAUUCGUGGUGUCCUGUGUUGAAACACUAACGAAGAAGGAGCUCAUUGGAACAGAGGGAAUUUAUCGAUCAUCCCCAUCGCAAAUGGAAAUCCGAAGAGUUGUAAAACAGACUCAAAAAGGCAACUUUGACAUCCUAGAAGAGCUGAAUGAGCCGGCUUUGCUGGCGGGUCUCCUCAAGAACUUCUUUUUCUCACUUAAAGAGCAUUUAAUCAGUGAGGAGACUUUUGAGAGGCACUUUCCCAUCUAUCUGAGUGAUAGAUUAAUUGAGGAGGAAUAUCUGGAUCGUCUCAAGGUUCUAAUAUUAGACUUGGAUGAUAUUGCAUAUGACACACUGGCCUAUUUAAUGAGGCAUCUCCGAGAUGUGGCAGAUCUGAGUGAGAAGAACCUAAUGAAGGAAUCAAAUUUGGGUGUUGUCUUCUCACCGUGUCUUUUCACAAAUUGCGAAAAGAAAUCCAGCACAAUUGAUUUGCUAAACUGCAUGGGACUACAAGCCAAAGUUACGGAGUUGAUGAUUGUGAAUUAUGAUGAGUUGUUUGGGGAUGAAACUCCAAGGAGUGCACCUGAGACUCCGAUCAGUGCCAUAGAUAUUCCAGCAGCAUCUUCGAGGGGAACUCCCGAAAGGACAGAUGGGGAAGCUGGGCAGAAAAGGCGCGAAAACAUGAAUGUGAAAAAGGCAAGGAGGGCACGCAGCAAGACAACCUGUGUUCUUAGUUGAUACUUUUCACACCAUAACUAAAAGAAGAAAAAAAUUAUGAGAAUUCACUUGCUUGUACAUAACACAAUGGUUCAAUUACAUUAGCAGCAAUGUGGAUGUUUUUUAUCAUCACACAUAGAAAACAAA